ACGCCGACGCCGACGCCCGCCUUCCGCCGAUGCCCCCGCUCCCCGCUCCUCAGGUUCCAUGCGUUCCCCGGGCAGCUUCGCGUUUAUAGCUGUGGCGGCAUCGGACUCCGCUCCGGUGGGCAUCUCCCGAGCAAGCGAGGAGUAAGAGUGUUCGACUCAGCGAUGGGGUUGAAUGAGAAGGUGACUAUUGGCAAUUUAGAACAACCAACCACUUCCACAUCCGAAAAUAACCCAACGUUCCCUACUCAGGGAAACUUCAGCAUGGUUGCUAUUGUGGGCAUCACAUUCUGCCUUCUACACAAAAUUGUUAUUGGCCAGAUGCAGUUGAUAAGAAAAUUUCUCCCUUGGAUGUCACACAAUAAUACAAGUUUACCAUUUGCAUGCAUAUCAGAUCCUAUGAAAAAACCUGUGCCUCUGAAGCUAGAUGUGACUUUCCCACCAUUGCCUGAUAUCAGAUGGAGCAUUUCGCGCUUGUACUACCUAUUCAAUUCACAGCUCGAACGGAACAUUGCCUUGUCUAUCAUUACUUUGAUGGUCACGUGCUUUACACUAGUUGUUGUUGGGGGAUUCCUGUUUCAUAAGUUCAGGAAGAACCAACAGACUUUAGAGGAAUGUUUUUGGGAAGCUUGGGCAUGUCUAAUUUCAUCAUCUACUCACCUAAGACAAAAGACACGCAUUGAGCGUGUGCUCGGUUUCGUUCUUGCUAUCUGGGGUAUAUUGUUCUAUUCUCGCUUGUUAAGUGCAACAACAGAACAGUUUAGAAUCCAGAUGCAUAAGGUAAGGGAAGGGGCACAGCAGCAAGUUAUUGAGCAUGAUCAUAUUAUCAUCUGUGGAAUCAAUAGUCAUCUGCCAUCCAUACUUAAUCAAUUGAACAAGUUCCAUGAAUCAUCAAUUAGGUUAGGCACUGCUACUGCAAGGAAGCAGAGAAUUCUUCUUCUGUCUGAUCUUCCAAGAAAGCAAAUCGAGAAGCUUGGAGAUAGCAUUGCCAAAGAUUUAAACCAUAUUGAUGUCUUCACCAAAAGCUGUAGCCUUGGCUUGACAAAAUCAUUCGAGAGAGCAGCAGCAAAUAAGGCAAAAUCUAUAAUCAUCCUGCCAGCAAAGAACGAACGAUAUGAAGUGGAUACAGAUGCAUUUCUCUCUCUGCUGGCUCUGCAAUCUCUUCCACAAAUUGCAACUGUUCCUACCAUUGUGGAGGCUUCUAACUCAACCACAUGCGAUCUUCUGAAAUCGAUCACAGGAUUACAUGUGCAGCCGGUGGAGAUGGCUGCUUCUAAGCUGUUUGUGCAGUGCUCUAGGCAAAAGGGCCUUAUUAAAAUCUACAGGCACUUGCUUAAUUAUCGCAAAAACAUCUUCAACCUUUUCAGCUUUCGUGAAGUAGGAGGUAUGAAGUAUGGGGAUGUGAGACGUAGGAUCCCAGAUGCAGUUGUUUGUGGUAUCUUUCGAUCCGGAAUGAUGCACUUUCACCCAUGUGAGGAUGAAGUGCUGAAAGAGACAGACAAAUUACUACUUAUUGCUCCUGUUUCCUGGAGGAGAAGAGCAGUGUCUACAUUACUAAAUUCCCCAAAUGGAGUUGAAAACUCAAAUAAUCACUCAGAGUCAACAGAGGGACAAAGAUCAUCUAGUAUGGUUCUUGAAAUGAAGGAAACACGGCUAAAUAGCAUCGUAAAGCGCCCCUCAAAAUCACUCUCCAAGAGCAAUGACUACAUGCUAGGACCAAGAGAACAUGUGCUUAUUGUUGGUUGGCGACCAAAAGUUACUGAUAUGAUUCGGGAAUACGAUAAUUACCUUGGACCAGGCAGUGUGUUGGAAAUAUUGUCAGAAACCCCUGUUAAAGAUCGGAGCAGUAUUGUCAACCCCCUCGUGCAGAAACAAUUGAAAAAUAUUAAAGUUAACCAUCAGGUGGGAUGUCCUAUGAACUAUGAUACUUUAAAGGAAGCAAUAAUUAACUUCAGGAAAUCUAGGAAGUAUGACCAAAAUGUUCCAUUUUCAAUUGUCGUAAUAUCUGACAGUGACUGGCUAGGUGGAGAUACUGCACAGGUUGAUAAACAGUUAGCAUAUACCCUUCUCCUUGCUGAAAACAUUUGCCAGAAACAUGGCAUUAAGGUUGAGCAUCUUGUAUCAGAAAUUGUAGACACAGGACUGGGAAAGCAAAUAUCUAGAAUAAAACCAUCCCUUUCAUUUAUCGGAGCAGAGGAAGUAAUGAGCCUUGUAACUGCACAGGUUGCGGGAAGUAGUGAGCUGAAUGAAGUAUGGAAGGAUAUUCUAAAUGCUGAAGGAGAUGAGAUCUACAUCAAGGAAAUAGGACUGUACAUGAAAGAAGGAGAGAAGCUAUCAUUCUCAGAGCUCGCUGAAAGGGCGGUUUUGCGUCGUGAAGUUGCCAUUGGCUAUGUCAAGGACCAGAAGCAGCAUAUAAAUCCUAUGAACAAGUUGGAGCUACUCUCUUUUGAAAUGACAGACCAACUUAUUGUGAUAUCUGAGUUUGAAGGUGAACAGCCAGUUGUAAGGGAUGGAGGAACUUCCAGAUAAAGUUUCCAGCUUGAUGUCCGGCUGAAAUUUUGACAGCUUUAUCAGGAGGUGCUUGUAUCACGUUAAAUAUUAACCAUUCUUUUCUCUCAGUUCAAAGGGAAAUCAAAAGAGUCUUGAGGGACAUUUACUUAAAUAUUAUAUGUGCCUUAAUAGCUGUAGAACCUUUUGAAUUUUUCUUUUGUUUAUCUGCAGCUAAACUGCAGAAUCUUUUUUGUUUAUCUGUAAACAGUAAACAUAGCUAAAUUCACGUGGUCAACUUGUAUGAUGUAUCAAUCUUGCAUAAAGAAAUAGAAAGGAAAGUUCUUUGA